CAACAGGGGAUGUGGAAGCCGGCAAGGGUCAGCGACAGCCACACGAAUCAACAUUCGCAUCGUAUCGUAUCGCAUCGUAUCGCAGCAGCGGCAGUGAUCGUUCGAGCAGUGACUGCUGUCGCGGACGACACAACAGCAGAAUCAAGACUGCGACAGCGCUGUCGUUGAUGCAGAGAUGCGACUUUCUGUCAUUUUAUCCAUCGCCAAAGUGGUCGACCAGAUGGUUUCGGGAUGAUACUCCCAACGACGACGGGAGUGCAAUCCUAUCGCCUGCCCACCGGGGUCUACGGAUCACUGAAAUACACUCAGGGACGCACCGCCCCGUUUCGUUCCGGACAAGCUGUAGAUCGAUAUGCAUCGCCCGGCACACCGAUCCUCGCGGUGCGAUGGAGCAUGAGCUUGCCCCCGAGGCUCGCACCCUGGUCGGCCGCGCGGGGCCUGGCGCAGGUCCUUUGAUGGCCGCAUUUUGCUGCUCCGGCUCGCUCUCCCGCCAGCCCCGUCACGCAUCUCCUGGAUCGCUCUCGCUCCAUCGCACCGUCACCAGCACCUCCAUCAUGUCGGCCCCGCCUCCCCGUCCAGCAAAACGAUCCGAUAUCAAGGAGGUCCUGGUCGUCCAGGCCCUCUACGACUACACAGCGAGCCAGCCCGACGAACUCAGCUUCACCGAGGGCAGCACCCUAUAUGUGCUCGACAAGCAAGACCCCAACUGGUGGAAGUGCCGUUCCGGCGACAAGGUCGGCAUGGUACCUUCGAACUAUGUUGGAGAAAACACCACCACCAUCGAGAAUCCGCUGCAUGAGGCUGCCAAGCGUGGAAACCUCAGCUUUGCCCGGGAACUCGUCGCUACCGGCAUUUCGGUCAACGGUUCGACGAUGACUCCUAUGGGCCCUGCGAUGAGUGAUCACUCAUGUCACGCCGAACACAUUCGUUUCUCACACGCACUUUUCGCUCGCUUACCACCGAUACAGAACAAGCUCGGCGAUACCCCUCUCCACAUGGCCGCUUGGGGCGGACACCUCCCCACAGUCAACUUGCUCCUGACCCAUUCGGAUAUCGACGUCGCCAUCAAGAACAACUCGGGACAGACGGCUCAGAGCCUGGCCAAGAACGACGCUGUUGCCGCCGCUCUGAUCCAGCACGUUGGUUCCGCCAGCUUUGUUGGAUACUCUGCUGCCGAUGUCGACUCGGAUGACGACUGAGGCUGCCGAUGAACUCACAAACAAGCCCUGGAUGACGUCCUGUGGUCGAAAAAUAUAUAGAUGUCUUGAUGAUGCCCUCCCUGCACAAGACGACAGCCACCGUCACGGAACGCUGGGGAGUGCGCCUCUGCUUCGCUUAUCGGCCAAGACUUAUCGGACAUGGGCUUGGAUACGCUC